UGGGGAGCACCCAUGCAUAUCCAAACAUUGAGACAAAUCUAUGGGGAGUGCAUUGGCAGAAAGCAGUAUUAAGCAAGUUGUUUGCAGAUGAAUGUAGGAGAAAAUAAGACCUUAUAUCAAACAUCUACAUUAGGAAAAGAGAAGACAUGAAUAAGAACAGGAGAGGACUUGCUAAGGGGUAUUAAGCAAUAAAGUCCUGGAGACAGAGUCUGACAGAACAUCCAGCUUUAUGGGAUAGAGAUUACCAGUAACAUCCUGCUGAAGACCUGGUCCAUCAGCUUUAUAAAAACAGGACAGCUUUCAGGGAAAAGUCCACUCCUGUCAUUUAGAGAGGCAGGAGAGGGAGGUUUUCGGCUAAAAGAGUAACUUUGAACAAGACCUCUUACCUUGGACUCACCACAAGAUUCUGCAGAGUGGAAAAAGAGUGCAAAUCUAAGAACAAAGAGCUGGGUCAGCUGCUGCAAUGAAACAGUAACUCCAGACAAAAGAAAAAACUAAUACGAACUGUCAACCCAGGGCCUAUAUAAAUACAAAAAAAUAGGCAUGGGACUGCUUGAUCAAGUCAACAGUACCAUCAUCUUGGAUGAGCAUAUAUUAGAGAAGAAGUCACCAUCUCGCUGGCAUGCAGACAGUCUUGUCACCCCCAGUCAGGGAUUUCAAGAUGGAUCCAGUGAACUUAUAAUGGAUAGCACCAAGAUCUUGGGAGUCCAAAUCAUACUGAUAAUGGCUUAUUCUCUCAUCAUUCUGCUGGGAUUCAUUGGCAACUCCUUGGUCAUCUACAUGAUAGUGAGAUACAAAACCAUGAGGACUGUAACAAACUUUUUCAUAGCUAACUUAGCUCUGGCAGAUUUAAUGGUGGAUACUUGCUUGCCCUUUACUUUGGCUUAUACUCUGCUGGAUGAAUGGAAGUUUGGGGCUGUACUUUGUCAUUUGGUGUCCUCUGCUCAAGCUUUAUGUGUUCAUGUAUCUAUUCUCACGUUAACUGUGAUUGCCCUGGAUAGGUACAGAUGUAUUGUUUUUCAUUUAGACAGUAGAAUAUCCAAGAAAAUCAGUUUCACCAUCAUAGCAAUUACAUGGCUGGUUGCUGCUCUCCUAGCUAGUCCACUGGCUAUCUUUCGAGAAUACAGAUAUGAAGAAAUUCCAUCCAUCAACCUCAGAAUAGUUGUCUGCUCAGAGAAAUGGCCUUCUGACAACAGAGAUGCCACUAUAUACAGCUUAUCCAUGCUCAUCCUGCAAUAUGUCUUCCCUCUUUCUAUCAUCUGUUAUGCCUACAUCAGGAUAUGGUUCAAACUGAGAAGCCACAUUAGUCCUUCUGCUAGAAAUGAUACUCACUGUCGCAGGAAAAAAACCACAAAGAUGCUUUUCAUGGUCGUUGUGGUGUUUGCCGUCUCUUGGCUACCCUUCCAUGCUUUCCAGCUCGCUGCAGACUUAGGUAUGGCACUUGCCCUCCAUGACUAUAAACUCCUUUAUACAGUAUUUCAUGUCAUAGCCAUGUGUUCCACUUUUGCAAACCCCUUGCUCUAUGGCUGGAUGAAUAAGAACUACCGCAAUGGAUUCCUUAUGUUCUUCCGCUGUCAGAAAAAACCAGAGAGACUCUAUGCAGAGGGAUCAAUUCGGGGGAGGUCUUGCACUUUCAAGGCUACUACCUUGAAUGGGAGCAUCAAACAGUCAACAGGUGAUGGACAGCUACCAACACCAGUUUAGUUUAUAGCAGCUUCAUCUCCACACAGGCCUGAGUCUCAGCGUUGCCCACCUAAAACUGUUGAUGUUUUUUUCUAAAAAUAAAAAUGAAUUGAAUUGCCAAAAUGCUGUCAUUGUCACAGUUAGAUGAAAGCACCUUAUCUAUCGGUCUGUCAUGCCUUGUGUAUGAUCUAUUCUGCUUUCCCAAGUUAAACAAUCCUUGCCUCCAAUUUUUAUUUCUUGUUGCAAGAAGCAGGAAUCAUGUCAUUCCAUUAUGCUUUAAUUUAUGAGAAUUUAGUUCUACUGCUAUUUGAAGGACAGGAGAAGUAGCAGACAGGAUUAUUUCACUGCUUUAGGCAGAGGGAAUGAAGGUAUUUGCAACAAUAUUGACAAACCACAGGAUCCAAUGGCACUCAUUAAAUACAUGGUGUUUAUUUUAAUUUCCUGUAGAUUUUUUGCACUCCUCAUAUCAAAGAUCUACCUUAGCAUCCCAAUCAGAAUUUUAGGAAGUACAUUAUUAUAGUUAUAGGUCAGCAAAAGAAUGUGAAUGAAAAAGAUGUAUAGCACACGGGUUCUGUGGAAAGUUAGUUCUAAAGUAAUUAGUACUAACUUCUCAAAUUAUUAAAAAAGGCCAAAUUUGCUUUUUGAUUUCCAGCAGAAAAAAUUGACUCUAAAUGUUUUUAAGCUAAUAGCUGUUCAUAGUGAGAUCCACACUGCACUCCAUAAUCAUUUUUUUGCAUUUCAUUCACUGGUUAAAGUGAUUGUUAAAUCUUAUUCUUUAAUAAGUAAAUAUUUAUUUUGGGGGUUGAAAUUCCUGUUCUUCUUGGCUGUUGUGAAUAUUUCAUAUUAUGAGGUUGCUUUCUUACCUUUCCUGUUUGGAGGAUUCUAAGAUGUCAUUCAUAUCCUUCAUUCUUGGUUAAGUGUCUUAUUGCAAAGAAACAUGUCCUAUAAUAUUUAUGUCCACCUACUUGACCAGUUCAGAUUCUGCAUAUAUAGAAGAACAGGUUUUCCUUGUCCUGAAUUCUCAGUUCUUCUAGUGUUCAAAGUAAAAAUCAGGAUAACUCCAGGUGGAAAGUAGAGUAGCUGCAAAGAGCAAAAGUGAGUACUGCGGCACUCAGCAAAGCACUCUCUCUAACUGAAAAUUAUGUCAUACAUUGCCAACACGUACCAGUUCUACCAUUGCUCCAGGUGAUCUAGAAUUGCUCAGAAAUGCUAUGGAAUAUUGAUAUCUUUGACAAUGGUGUUUGCUCUGGCUCCUAGUAUGUAAAUGAAAUCUUCAUUAGCUAAGGGAAAGCAAUGGAGCCAAAAGGGUUAUAAUGGGAUUAGAUGUGUAAUGGAUAACUAUGUCAUCAU